AUUUUACUUACCCAUAGAUGGCGGCAGGCGUUUCUGUUGUAUUGGCAGUUCGUCACAAAAAGAUUUGUACUUGAGAAUUUAGCGCUUUUUUUUCACUCGAACUCGUCUGAGGAAUAAUUAGUGCAUACAGGUAAGUGCAAAUAUUUGUUUACAUCAAAUCUUCGAUUGUUCGAUGGCAGUAGCAUAGCCGAUGCGUUUGAUAGAGGUUAAAAUAUUAGUGCAGCGGUCAAGGUAGGAGUGUUUUGGGCGAAUGACCUAGUAAGCGGAAUUUUUAAGUUCUACCGAUCGUACUUCGUACAUUUCAUACUAUUAGGAGGUUCUAGAAGGCGAUAAAUUGUUAAAGUUGUUUAACGACCAUUCUAUUAUUGUGACGUAUUGAUUACAAAAUGCGUGGCAUGGCAAGUCGACCUCGUUUUCGCGACAUAACGGACUAUCUUUUAUCUCAGUAAGUAAUUUAGCGCACCUGCUCAACCUGCGUGAUUUACGUUGAUCCCCAAACCUAAUUUAUAUCCAAGUUUUAUUUACGCUGCAAAAUCCUUUACUAAUAUGCUAUUGGAAUUUUAAAAAUGACGUAUUUUUCUGUGGGCGUUAUAGUAAACAAUAUCUAUAGACGUAGAAAGUUAGUCCAGUCUGGCUGUGGGACUCACAGUAUGCUAAUAAGAUGUAGGCCUCUGUUGUGUAUAGGCUCAGCGUGGCUUUGUUCUGCUAUCGAUUUCCGAAUCGAACUCUACUGAUAAACAAUUACGUCAAGUAUUUGUGAAUAUUCAUUAGGCAACUACUCUAUAUUGCUAUUGAUUGAGUGUCCUUCUUCUGGGAAGACGUGAGCGACGUCUGUCGAGAGAUUUGUAUUAUUUCGUAUAAAAUGGAAUCGGUAGCGAACGAAGGAACCACCGCGAAGCGGCCCGUGAACGCUUUCUUAAUAUUUUGUAAGCAACAUCGUAAUCGUGUUAGACAAUCAAAUCCCACUAUGGAUAACCGGGCGGUCACAAAGCUUUUGGGUGAAAUUUGGGCGAAAAUGAGACCAGAUGAGAAGAAUGAAUAUCUAGAUAAGGCGCAAAAGCAAAAAGAAGGUUUUACCAAUAAAAAUACGGAAUAUAAAUGGCACUCUUAUCAGCAUAAACUGGCAAGAGAAAAUUCCAGUAAUCAUGAAGGAAAUUUUACGCAGUCGCAACUUUAUUUCGGUUUUCCUGCUGGUCAACCGCAAGUUUUCUGCAAUUUUCUUGGCGAUAAAGAACAUUUAAUUAUGCCUAAAUUACGUAAUUGGAAAAAGAAGGCUGCUAGUAGACGUGCUGCCCUUAUUCGAUGGGGCAAAAUUAAUCCUAGUUCUACAAUACAGCCUCAACUGAAUGAUUCACCACAAAAAAUGGCGCCUAAAACCGUUCAGGGAAGAAUGGGUGGUUUAGAUAUGCUACUUCUUGCAGGACAACAACAGCUCUACAAUGACGAAGCAAAAAUCAAAGCUGUCCAUCCCCCUCGUCCAGUUCAAGUUCCUCAACAGAACCUUUCUUUAUACGAACGACAAAACAACAUUCCGAAAUUGGCUACGCCAGCCUUAACGAGCUUCAGUCCACAUUCCUCAGAAAAUACAAAUGCAAGAACCUUUUCUCAAAGACAAUCACACGCGACCGUUUUAAAUCGUUCGCUCAAUUUUGUACAACAUCCCUCUCAGCCUCAUCAGCUACCUCCUUGUGUUUAUCCUAAUGAAAAUGUACACAAUUCCACGCAUUUAACUAGGACAUACGACCAGAAUAUACCUAUUGAUUAUUCUAGUUCCAACGAUAUGCCUUUAGAUUUAUCUUGCAAAAAAGGGAAGGACGAAAAACAAAAGAAAAUGUCGCUGAUGCAAUUGGCUGAAAUGUGUUCAUCUCAACUACAAGCUGUAGAAUCACAGAAGCCACCUCAAAAUCAAUCUACUCCUAAAAGGCAGCCGAGUCCUGCAAAACCAUUAAAUACUGCGUUGAACGGUUCAUAUCAGAGUUUAUCUGCUUUCAUCUCUCAUAAAAUUGAAACUACAGUAAGAGGUGGUGACACCCAAAUACCAACGGUAAAUACAACAGUAAAUAAGAAGGACGAAAAUUGGAAUGAAAGAAAAAAUGAACCGAAACAAGAACAACUAAAUGGUAAAAUGAUGAUGGAUCGAAUAAUUGAAAAUUUGCUAAGUCAAAACACAUCUAAUAACUCAAAGUCAGGCGUUUCUAGGUCAGCCAUGUUUCAGAAUGCGAUGGUCAAAGCGGAAGGUCAGCCUUCAGAGAACAAUGUUUAUCAACCGGUGAAUACGAAUACUAGUUCAAAGAUGAAGAUGAAGACAAACGCAAACUCAAACGCUAAUACACAUACAAAUUCAAAUAUAAGUGUAAAUCCCAAUGCGAACUCGAGAAAUUCUGCUCCGCCAAAAAAGAGAUACCAAGCCCAAGCAGCAAACACGAAAGAAAAGACUUUUGUAAAUUACGGCGAUGUCCAAGAAUCGCUCAUACGAAGUAUUAUUUAUUCAGAUAGUCAAAUGGUAAAAGAUGAGAAGGAGGAGAAAAAGAUUGCCGUUGUCCCUCCACAUACGGCUACUGCCGUUAAACAGUCUAAUCAUUCACACCAAUCUAAUCAUUUGAAGGAAUUAAGUAAAACUCCAGUGUCUUUGACAACCAUUGGAAAGGGUUUACUUAAUACUCCAACUAUCACGGCCAUGGCAGCAGUUAUACCGCAUGUGAUGUGGAAUCACAAUCAUAUCGACACACCUAACGACGUGCCAAAAGAAGGAAGUCAUCAGCCUUUACCAUCUCAAAAACGUACUGCCACUGAUGAAGAACACAUACCACCUAAAAAGAGGAGGGAGCACAGAAUGGUACAUACACCUCAAGAACAAAAGAAGGAAGAAACAAAAGAGCCCCGGCCUUGUAAUAAAGUGAAUGAGAAAGUACAGCAGAAUAACGUAGUUGUAUCUUCUUCUGAAUCUACUACUUCAGCAAAUUCUUUGCCUGCCUCACCCGCCAACUCAUUAACUGGUUCUCAAAAACGAAAAGCUCGACGGAAAGGUAUUACCCGCCUGAUUGUCAACAAACCUGAUACUUCAAAUGCUGAACCAGGAUCACCUACCACCAGCGAGGGGUCUCAAUUAUCUCAGUCAGUUUCAGAUAGCGAAAUGUCAAGUAACGAACAGUCAGCAGAAAGGAAUAAAAAGUCUGAAACGGAAGUUGGGACAGAAAAGCGUAAUAACUCACAUUCAGCAAACGAUAACGAAGAAGAGGAGGACGAAGGUCGAUUAGUUAUUGAUGAAUGA